UAUCAAAGCCGGCCCAUGUAAAGCCCAACAAAUAUUUAACCUAAUCUGUUGUCUUCUUCCGCCGCCGAUCCCCAAAGAAACAAGUAAAAGAAAUGGAGAGGUUGAUCAGCGGAGACACAACGAACAAGAAGAGGAAGACAACGUCGUCGUCGAACAAGAAGAGGAAGACAACGCCGUCGACGCCGGAAUCGACACCAAAUCCGUCACUUCCCGAUGAUUUGCUAUUGCUCAUCAUCGCACGCGUCCCAAUAUUAUUCUAUCCGAUUCUCUCACUCGUCUCCAAGAGCUUUCGAUCUCUCCUGGCUUCACCGAGGCUUUACAAGGCCCGGUCACUCUUGGGCCGCAGGGAGAGUCGUCUCUAUGUGUGCAUAAAUAUGUAUCCUUAUAAAAACGGCCCUAGCUGGUUCACCCUCUGCCGGAAACCUGAUCGAACAACCAGUAGUAAUAAGGAGCAGGACAAGUCAAGUGGUUAUGUCUUGGCAAGGGUCCCAAUUCCCCAUUCUCCUUUGUCUCAGAAUAAUAGCCUCGUGGCGGUUGGUUCUGAUAUCUAUAACAUUGGCGUGGUCCGAUCCUGCGAAGCGUCCUCCUCUAGUGUCUGGAUUCUGGAUUGCCGGUCUCACACGUGGCGCCAGGCUCCAAGCUUGCCGGUGGAGCUAUUUUCAGUUACUGUUAGUGUCCUUGAUCAAAAGAUAUAUGUAGCAGGGAUAUGCCUAGAAGAUGGCUCGGAUUCCUCCACGCAGAACUCGCUCACGGUGUUGGACACAAAAACACAAGUAAGUGCUCGGGUGCCUAUCCCAUGCAGUGUGGCACAAGGCAAGGAGAUCUUCCUAAGCACAUGUGUUGGCGGAAAGGUCAACCUCGUUACUGGGAGAGAGGUGGUUGAUUACAAUCCAGUGGAAGGUAGCUGGGAGGAGGUUGGAGAAACCAUGUGUCAAUUUAUGUUUGCUGAAUGUUUUUGCGUGGUUGAUAAUGUUUUGUACUCGUGUGCUAUUGACCGAGUGUUCAGAUGGUAUCACGCUGAGGUAAGAACGUGGAGAAAUUUGGAGGGUUUGGUAGGACUACCCGAGUUAUCUCCGGAUGCUUUUGUUAGAUUGGCUGAUUAUGGUGGAAAGCUCGUUGUUUUGUGGAACCGUGGUUACGACCGUUGGAAGAUGCUUUGCUGUGCCGAGAUUUCGCUUGAAAGGCGCAAUACUUGUGAAAUUUGGGGGAAAGUUGAGUGGUUUGAUCAUGUCCUUAGUGUCCCUGGGUUAGUUUCUUUAUACAACGCUCUUUCUGCUACUCUCUGAUCAUGAAUGUGUCAGAAUGCUUGAACCGUGUCUUCUUUUUGUGUACCCUUGUAUGGUGGUCUUUAUUCUAUGGUAUUUUAGCAUUUAUUGGCUUUGAUUUCGAUUUGUUUAGUUUAUUUAUUUGUCUUGCUCUUUUGGUUCGUUAGUUUAAGAUCACUUUCUCUUGUGCCUUUUGUAAAGAGAGUAUUGGAAUGAACAAGUAUCCUAUUGAGCUUUGUAGAAAACGGAGUUUUCAUUUUCUUGAAUAAAUUAUGCAGUGGAAGAUACCAGGAUC